UUCUCCUAUGGCGGAAACAAAAAUCAUCUAUCACAUCGACGAGGAGGAGACCCCUUACCUGGUGAAGCUGCCCGUCUCGCCGGAAAAAGUCACCCUGGCCGAUUUCAAAAAUGUCCUCAGCAACCGGCCGGUGCAGAACUACAAAUUUUUCUUCAAAUCCAUGGAUCAGGAUUUUGGGGUGGUGAAGGAAGAGAUUUCCGAUGACAAUGCAAAGCUGCCGUGCUUCAACGGACGUGUCGUGUCCUGGCUGGUCCUGGCCGAAAGCUCCCAUUCGGACGCGGGUUCGCAUUGCACCGAGAGCCACACGGAUCUUCCUCCUCCCCUCGAGAGGACAGGAGGCAUCGGCGACUCCCGACCCCCCUCUUUUCACCCGAACGCCGCGAGCAGCCGAGACGGGCUGGACAAUGAAACGGGGACGGAGUCGGUCAUCAGCCACCGGCGAGAGCGACAUCGGCGGAGGAUCCGGGAAGGCCACGAAGACGUCUCCCGCAUCAAUGGGCACCCCAAGCUCGACCGGCAUCGGGAGCAUCCACCGGGCUACGACAGUUCAUCUACGAUGAUGAGCAGCGAAUUGGAGUCCAGCAGCUUCAUCGACUCUGACGAUGACGAAAACACAAGCAGGCUGAGUAGCUCAACGCAGCAAAGCACUUCUUCCCGCCUCAUCCGGAAGCACAAACGCCGGCGGAGGAAACAGAAGAUGCGCCAGAUUGACAGAUCGUCGUCCUUCAGCAGCAUCACGGAUUCCACCAUGUCUCUGAACAUCAUCACCGUCACUCUCAACAUGGAAAAGUACAACUUCCUGGGGAUCAGCAUCGUCGGCCAGAGCAACGACAGGGGAGAUGGGGGGAUCUACAUCGGCUCCAUCAUGAAAGGUGGGGCUGUGGCAGCUGACGGACGGAUAGAACCGGGGGACAUGCUGUUACAGGUGAACGAGGUCAACUUUGAGAACAUGAGCAACGAUGACGCAGUGAGGGUGUUACGCGAAAUCGUCUCCAAGCCCGGACCCAUCAGCCUAACAGUAGCCAAAUGCUGGGAUCCCACUCCGAGGAGUUAUUUCACAAUCCCCAGGGCUGAGCCGGUGCGGCCGAUCGACCCCGCGGCCUGGAUCUCUCAUACCACGGCCCUGACGGGAGCGUACCCCCGUUACGGUAUGAGCCCCUCCAUGAGCACCAUCACCUCUACCAGCUCCUCACUAACAAGCUCAAUUCCCGAUUCGGAAAAACUGGAUGAGUCCCCCUUAACAGUUAAGAGCGACAUGGCCACUAUUGUCAAGGUGAUGCAGUUGCCGGAUUCGGGCCUCGAGAUUCGGGACAGGAUGUGGCUGAAAAUAACCAUCUCCAACGCAGUAAUAGGAGCGGACGUGGUCGACUGGCUUUACACGCACGUGGAGGGCUUUAAAGACCGACGGGAGGCCCGGAAGUACGCCAGCAGCAUGUUGAAACAUGGCUACCUCAGGCACACUGUGAAUAAAAUCACCUUUUCUGAGCAGUGCUACUACGUCUUUGGAGAUCUCUGUGGCAAUCUAGCGGCGUUGAAUCUUAACAACGGUUCCAGCGGGGCUUCGGACCAAGACACCCUUGGCCCCCUCCCGCACCCAGCCACACCCUGGCCGUUGGGGCAGGGCUAUCCUUACCAGUACCCCCUUGCUCCUCCUUGUUUCCCACCAGCAUACCAGGACCCAGGCUUCAGCUACGGGAGCGGUAGCGCUGGGAGCCAGCAAAGCGAAGGAAGUAAAAGCAGCGGCUCUAAUCGAAGCAACAGCGAGACUAGCCGGAGGGCGCUCAACCGGGAGAAGGAUCGCAAAUCGGCUGGCAGCGGCAGCGAAUCGGAUCACACCGCCCGGAGCGGGGGAGGGGGUAGUAUCGCACGGCACGAGCGGCCCCCCAGUCAGCUCAGCCACCGCAGCUACGUCUCCGCCACCCCCAGCGAGAGGAGCCCCCGCAGCCACCAUUCGUACGGGCCCCCGGGAGUCCCCCCGCUUUACACCCUCCCAAAGCUGGGUUCCAAAGUCUAUGGGACGAGCGGGCCUCCCGGAGGGCCACCCGUACGAGAACUCGGCUCCGUCCCUCCCGAGCUGACGGGGAGCCGUCAGUCAUUCCAGAAGGCCAUGGGCAACCCUUGCGAAUUCUUCGUUGAUAUUAUGUGAUCAGAAGUGCCUUCAAACACUCUGCGAUAAGGGUUGAUUUUGUUCCAGUGGGGUUGCUUUUUAGUUGGCGAAUCGACUUCGGA